GCGUGUUUUUCUUACUUACCAUGGACUCAAAAGUUCAUAUAGAAAUUGUCGGCUUAAUUAAAGACAGUAAUUUCCAUGUCGCCAAAAGUAUUGCUGAGGGUCUAAAGCAGAAGUUUCCGGAGGCAUUUCUGGACCCAAAAAUUCAACCUUUACUUGAAUUUGACUGGCACACUUAUUUGUGCAACAAAAAAAGGGAGCUGCGUGGUGAAGUGUGGCAGUACUCCAGCGGCCUGAUGUGCUUUCUGAACGGCGUUCUACUCGGUAAUGAGAAGGAUUUCGCCAGCUGGGCCAAAAAUCAGUGGAGCUUCACUUUCGCUCGGCCAGAGGCUUUCUAUACGGCUCUAACUGAGGACUACUACUCCAAACACCUCCAGAAAACUGGGCAUCAGUUUGUCUUCAUGGAUAUUGAUAUAGCAGGAGAAGCAGUGGGGAGGUUGUUGUUUGAGCUGUUCUCAGAUGUUUGUCCAAAGACAUCAAAGAACUUUGAAGCUCUGUGCACAGGAGAGCAAGGAUUGUCACAGAGCGGCUUCCCACUCUGCUACAAGGGCUCUCUAUUUCAUCGGGUAGUGCCCAAUGGGUGGGUGCAAGGCGGAGAUAUUUCUCCUGAAAGUAAAGGUAAUGGAGGCGAAUCAAUCUAUGGACCAACAUUUGAAGAUGAGAGUUUUGCUGUCUCCCACUCAAAGCGGGGGACUCUAGGAAUGGCCAGUAAGGGUCCCCACAGCAACGGAUCCCAGUUUUACAUCACCCUGCAGCCAACACUCUGGAUGGACAGGACCUAUGUCGCCUUUGGACAAGUGGUUGAAGGUGUUGAUGUCCUCAAGAGAUUGGAAGAGGCCCAAACUUGCAAUGAAAGACCCAAAUAUGAAUGUAAAGUUACAGAUUGUGGAGUAAUAAAGCUAUAG